AUGAGGACUGGAGUGCCGGGUUCGGCGCCCGGUCCCGAGGCAACGAGGACUGGAGUGCCGAGUUCGGAGCCCGGUCCCGAGGAGACGUACACAGGUUGGUGGGAGCGGCAGUACGGCCGCUGGGAGCGGCGAGGCGAGGAGUGGGCCUUGGCAGAAGCCUUGGAGCCGCCCUCGCGCCAAGCAGGCCACCGACCUGACACCCAGAGCCGCUACGUGGACAAGGAGCCACCUCCGGCCUGGGACGGGCUACGCCCAGAACAGACCUGGAGGACGUACCGACGUUCUUUGGACCACCGGCUGCAGAACACGGGGCCGGAAAGACAAUCCGGAAUAUCUUGGACCAAGCUCACAGGCACAUCUCUGAGUUUUGAAGAUCAGGACGACUUCGACACAGCAGUGUACGGUCUUCACAGGGAAUGCAACCAGAGCUUGAUGCAGUUCGCCAACAUCGCCCGGUCUGCUUUUCUUAAGGCAGAUUCCCACGGCGAUCCGUUGCCAGACCGCCGGAAGGGCAUGAUCUUCCUGAGGCGUGCCAAGAUCCCUGGGCACUUAGAGGAUCACAUCAUGUCCAAAACCGGUGGCUCCCGGAGGUUCACAGACCUCUUGGAUGCGAUCCGGGUGCUGUCCCGCAGGCCGACGGCUUCGCAGGCGGGGACUUUCCUGGACGUGGACGAGCAGUGCGACUCCGGGGAGGAGCAGGAGGGUGACGAGGCUUUCGUUGACUACGACAGCGAAGGCGGCGAACUCAUCCCCCUAGACGACAGCGACCUGCAGGGCGAGUACGAAGAGGACGAUGUCCAGUGGGCGUUGUCUCAGUUUCGCCAGGCCCGCGACGCUGCCCGGAAGGGCAAACCCCAGGGCUACCGGCAGAUCCGCCAGAAUCUGCAGCAGAGCCGGAUCGCCCGCGGGUGGUCCAGCGGCUCCGGAAGCAGCUCGCAGGGCGGGUCGCGGCAGGCUCACGGGCGACCGCCCAAGGGCCGCGGCAAGGGCAGCGAGGCCCCGCCGCCGCCGCGCCCGCACCCGGCGCCCCGGCUGCAGCAGGGCGCCCGGCUGAAGCCGGUCUCUGCCCUCGGGGCGCGCACGCGCUGCAAGGCUUGCCACCAGCUUGGGCAUUGGUCGUACCGGUGCCCGAACCAGUCGCAGCAAAGGGAGGAGGCAGGGGCCGGGACGGCACUUGUCUCAUCCACCGAACCAGAGUCGUUCUUUUGCGGCGUGGUUGCUUCCUCGGUUCCAGAGGGCAGCAAGGGGGAUCGCAGUGCUGAGCUCAGCGCGCGGUCUCCUGAGCAGGAGAGCCCCGCCUGGGCCGACGAGGAGAGCGACGGCCACAAGGAGGGCCGCAGUGCUGAGCUCAGCGCGCGGUCUCCUGAACAAGAGAAACCAGACUGGGGCGCCGCAGACAGCGACGGCGGUUUCGAGCUGGUAGACGAGCCUCAGCAGCAACCAGAGGAGGUGCCCGAGGCGCCCGGCCUGGACGACGAAGACCGGAAGUGGCUUGCUCAGAAACGGCGCCCGGCUACCGAGACCGGCCGCGCAGCUUUCCAGAGGAUGGCUAAGCGCGCCGUGGUGGACGGCAUCGUGAGUGACAUCCGGCGCACGAAGGACUUCUUGAAGAAGCGCCAGGGAGACCCGGAGCAACUGGCUGCCGACCUCGAGAAGCUGGAGGCUCUGCGAGAACAGCACCGCCCUUCCUCGACCGGGAGCGGCGGCGAACUUCCGUUCGAAGGUUGGGACGAGCGGAUGGACCGCGACAUCAAGGCAGGCAUGAAGACUCGCGCUGCCUACAAGAAGAUGCGCGGCAGGAAGAACCGCGCCGAGCCGAAGCGGUCUGCUGGAAAGGCAGACAGAGCCGCCGAGAGGCUUGAACUGGAACGCAAGUGGCACGAGAAGCACGACGCGGAGUUGCAGGAGGGCGACUACGUGCCGACGGACGGCCUGAAGGGACACGUCGAGGAGGACUUCAUCACCUCGGAGGUCGUGCUGGACAGCGACGGCAAGGAGGUCGAGAUCGCCCGCUCCACGGCCCGCGACGACACCGCAGACGAGAUGGAGUACCGCAGCAUGACCCGCGCGGAGAGGAACGACUACCGGACAGACAGCUGGCGGCGCGACCCUACGCAGGCCGACUUCUACGACCGCCGGGAGCCGCAGCGGAAGUGGGAGUUGCCCAAGAGGGUCUUGACCCCGCAGGCGAAGGCCGGGAAACACCGCCGGCAACGAGAGAACAGUGCUACGACGGCUUACGUCGAGGUGAGCAGCAUUGGCGAGCUCCUCCACAAGGCUCCAGCUGCUCGAGCACGCGCCCAGGAACCGUGGAACGGCCUGGAAGUGUCACCCGGCGAGAGUUUGGCGGACACGGCCGCCCAGAACGGCGUCGUUGGCAUCAAGGCUUUCCGUGAGCACGAGAAGCUGUUGUACAACCAGCGUGGGCUGAGGCCCACGCUCAGCUCCAAGCUUGGCACGGCCGUCGGUGUGGGCGGUCGGGCCACAGUGCUGGCGCGCGUCUACGUGCCGUGUGGCAUUUGGUUCGACACGCAAACCAAAACGAUCCUGAGGUGCGACGGUUGGAAGACUGCAGACCGGGUUUGCACGUUCAUCCAGGCCCUGCCGGGAGAAACUCUGGACUACGGCCGGACCCCGCAGGAAACCCGAGCCGGAGUGCUGAGCUCAGCGCCUGGCUCCGGGAGCGUGCCGGGUGGGCCUCGCCCCCAAGUCUCGGCCGGUGGUGCCUCGGCAAGUGGUUCUGGACGGCCCGGAUCGCCGCUGACUCCGGAGGACCUCUGGAGACAGUGGGAACAGAUUCAGCAGUUCACCCAGCACCUGCAGCAGCAGCUCCAGCACCUGCCAAGCGCCGGCGCGUCCACUGGGACCCUGCCGUCACCGACGCCGGUGACCGACCCCAGCGCGCCGACUCCAACGGUGCCGGCUGGUUGGGUGCUGCCGGAUCCCGCCCUGGGCUCCAACAGCCAGGUCGUGGCUGCUUGCGUAGCGGACCGGUGGGUGCGAUACUUCGGCCCGCCGCUUGUCGUCAUCGCCGACCAAGGCGGAGAGUUUGUAGGCCAGGCCUUCAAGGACUUCUGCACGCAGAACAGUAUCCUCUUCCAUCUGACUGACACGCGGGCGCCGUGGCAAAACGGCCGAACGGAGCGCCGCGGGGACAUCUUCAAUAAUAGUGUGAACAAAUCUGUUUGGAUACAUUCUCCCACGGAUUUUGUAUCAUUUCGUCGCUUGAUCUCCGAGUGCAACGCUGCCAGGAAUAGGCUGAGCAAUCGGUCAGGAUACUCGCCGCUACAGCGGGUUUUCGGCAUAGGCCACCGCCUUCCUGCAGACCUCGCCAGCGAUGACAUCUACGCCCCAGAUGCCAUCUAUGAUCUUGCAGCGUCGGACCCUAGCUUCGAGGAGUCCCGGCGUAUCCGGGAGGCGGCCCUGAAGGCCCGCGCUGAAGUGUCCAUCAGGGGUAGUCUUUGGAUCAACAUGCGCGGGGUGUUGUGGAAGUGCAGUCAGCUCCAGUGCAAGUUGGCCACUGCAGAGGAGUCUCGCGGGCUGGAGAUUCAAAACAUGCUGCUCGACAACAUGCGCGCGGACCUCCAGGAGUUCCCAGCCAGGCUGAUAUCAACAGUCUCCGGAAUGCUCUCCAACCUGAUGGUCCUGCUCGCCCACGGGCGCAAACUGCUUCUACCCUGCCAGAGCCAGAGUCCGAAGGACGUGGCCCGGCUUCUGCCGACGGGCAGUCUGCGCCGACCGCCAGGACGGGCACGGCUGCUGCCCACGACCCUCCGCCUCCGGAGGGCGAGCCGCCAGCUCAACGACCGCGGCUUGACCUCUCUGCCCCGGGAGCUGUCGACAGGCUGGACGGCCAUCCUUCGAGCAGUAUGCGUUGGCAGCCGAGGGAGAGCGGAGGCUGGCAGCCUGCUGGUUUCUCUUCUGAUCUGCUGGCAGGACGGGGCCUGGGUGGAGGCCGGCUCUCUGAUCCAGCUCAACACCGCCGUGUGCGGACUCGUCAAUGCACCGGCUGCUUGGCGCAAGACGCUGCAACACAAGGAUUACGGAUUCGACAUCCACCUGGCGAAGUUCGUCGUGGAGCGCCUGUCCCCGAUUUCCAUUCCAAAAGGGCGCAAGUCUAACAAGAACGACGCUUCUUGGGCCAACGCCGCCGGCGACAAGAGCCAGGGGGCCUUCCUGGUCGGUGCUACGACCCCGGCGCUGUGGGAAUACAAGGCAGCUCCGGUUGCUUUGGCGUCGUGCAAAUCACACCGUCUGCCGCGCCUGGCUGCCAGCACCCUUGCGGCAGAGACGCAGUCCAUGUCGGAAGCCCUAGCAGAAGUCGAGUGGAUCCGCGGUCUCUUCGAGGAGCUUGUAGAGCCAUCUUUCGACAUCGUCAACUGGGCUUCCCGCACGCGCCACAGAGGCCUGCUGGUAGCUGGCCGGACAGCAGACCCGAACAAAGAGCUGCAACAGUUGCUCACGAUCUGUGACGCCAAGUCAUUGUACGAUCAUUUACACAGCGAGAGCGCAGGAUGCACGGCAGACCGCCGGACAGCGAUCGAAAUACAGAUCAUACGUUCGUCACUUGACGCUCAAAACGGGGACGUUCGAUGGGUUGAUCAUUCCGGCAUGUACGCCGAUGCUAUGACAAAGCGAAACGGCAACCUUCCAUUGUUGCAGAUUUUGAUGCGUACCGGCCGGGUGUGCAUCACAGAAGAGUCUGCUACCUUGGAGAAGCACCGGCUGGACCCGAAGACCCGCAACAGUCAAAGUAAGACGCGGUCAGACCCUGCACAGAGCAGCG